CAUUUAAACGGUACUUCCGGUUUCUUUCUGACAAAGGUUCCUUUUCGGUUCUGUUUUGGUGAGAUGUUACUCAAUCGCACUUCACAGCUGUCAACCUUUAAGGAGUUCUCCUGAAAGGGCUUUUUCGUCGCAGUCAGCAAUUUCGAGAUGAGACUCCCGUGGCCGGUGGGAACGCCUCACCCGGCUUCCGUACGCGCAGCGUCCUCGGUCGUCGCUGCUGGUCAGCUGAACUUCGUUCCCCCCUGCAGUACCACAGAUGUCCGCUCGCUGGAGCUGCUGCAGGAGUUCGUGACCCGGGCCCGGCGCAUGUUCGUGAUCACCGGGGCGGGUCUGUCCACGGAGUCGGGCAUCCCGGACUACCGCUCAGAGGGCGUGGGGCUGUACGCGCGCACCGACAGGAGGCCCAUGCAGUACGCGGAGUUUGUCCGCAGCGCAAAGUCCCGCCAGCGGUACUGGGCCAGAAACUUCCUCGGGUGGCCGCAGUUCUCCUCUCACCAGCCGAACCGGGCGCACAGAGCGCUGCAGCGGUGGGAGGACAGCGGGAAGCUGCACUGGCUCGUCACGCAGAACGUGGACGCGCUUCACGGGAAAGCAGGACAGAAGAGGCUGACAGAGCUUCACGGCUGCGCGCACAGGGUGGUUUGCCUGGGCUGCAGCAGCGUUACGCCCAGAGAAGACCUGCAGACAAGAUUUAUAGCGAUCAACCCAGAGUGGAGCGCUCAGGCCGGCGCCGUGGCUCCGGACGGGGACGUGUUUUUAGAGGACGAGCAGGUGCUGAACUUCCGAGUUCCUUCCUGUGAGAACUGCGGCGGAAUUCUGAAGCCAGAGGUCACCUUUUUUGGAGACACGGUUUCCAAAGCCAUUGUGGAGUUCGUCCACAGCAGGCUGGCAGAGUCGGAUUCCGUUCUGGUGGCGGGCUCCUCCCUGCAGGUGUAUUCAGGAUACCGGUUUUUGCUGGCAGCCAGUGACAGGAAGAUUCCUGUCGCCAUCCUGAACAUCGGACCCACUAGAGCGGACCACCUGGCGAAGCUGAAAGUGAGCGGCCACUGUGGAGACGUCCUGUCGGCUGUGCAGCUCCUCUGAGGCCGACCGAGUUCAUUCGGACUCUGCUGGGAAACACUACCUCUGCUGAAACGGAGUCACCGUUUUCUGAUUAAAGUGAAGAGAAUAUUCCUGUCUUCAGGAUCCGUUGUGGGCUGUUAAAUGGAAUUAAGAUCUUGUCCUGGAGGGAGAAGUUUCAUUUCUGAAACUGAAAUAUCCGGACAAACGUGUUCUCAAUUUUUCUGAGAUCUGUAAAGAAGCAGCCUGUGGAGCAAAUUCUAAGACUCCUCAGAUAGUUGUUUAUUUAUAACCCUUUUUAUUGUAAAAUUUUAAAUUAUCAACGACUGUAAGACAUUUCCAACAGUAAUUUGCUGUUACAGAAACAAUCAGUUUUCCUGUUUGGUUCAGUUCAUUAAACUCUCUGUUUUUUCUGGUCUCACUCUCAUUAAAUUAGUGAUUUUAACCA